AUGUUAGUUUCAUUAUUACCACUUCGCGAACCGCACCUAGUUCUGGAUAGCUCGAUUAAUAAUACGGGUUAGAAUUGAUUCAUCUUAAAUUGAUUAGCAACGGUUUGAAAUUCUUUCAUGAAAAUACUGCUUUUCGGUCGUGUCAUGUGUCGCGAGUGAAUAAAAAGCUGUGAAAGUUUCACGAAAGUAGUGACGAAAGCAACGAAAGUGCGCUGUGGUCGGUGAUACGCCCCAACCGAUUCAAAUCUUUCGAAGACAACGCGUGAAGAAGCUACGUUUCCUUCGUUUUGUGCUGGGGAAUCGCCUCGCCGAUGCGCAUGAAGGUGUCACUGCCAGUCUACGCCUCGUCGCACUCAUGAAAAGAGCUGCAUUCAAACAGUGCCUAUUCUACUGUCGUCAGUAUUGUGUGCCUCGGUGCUAAUGUGUGCCUUAAAUGGGAAAACGUGUUAAGUGCAAUUCAGAUUCCAAUAUAAUGCAACGAGGCAAUUAGAAGAAGAUCUCGAUUCAAACCCCCGAAAAAGUAGCGAAACGAAAAAUCGAAUUGUGAUGAUGAAUCGAAAGUGUAUCGAAAGUGAUAUUAAUUUUGAUUCGAAACGACCGAGUAUGGCUCGGAGAAGCGUGGGAAUGCGGAUCUGUUGGAAGAAUCGGUGGAAGCCCAAAUGGCUGGCAAUAGUGUUUUUAGUGUUCAGUAAUGUAAUGGUGACAGUGACCAGGUGUCAAGAAUUCGGGGAAAGUGCUUUCAAUCAUCCGGAUCGUGAUUUUGAGCACGUUGCGGUGGAAAAUAGGGAAAUCAUUACUAAUCAUAUACCCACAAGUGAAAAUGGAGGUGGAGGAGGUGCCGGUAGUGACGAUGAGUCACGUUAUAAGUACGAUAGUGUAGCGGGGUCUGAGGGAGAAGUGCAUUAUACAGAGAUUUCCGGGGAUGUGGUACUUGGAGAGAAGCACCUGAGAGCAUCCGAUAGUCCUUAUUCACUACGGACGGAUCUGGAGGUCGAACGGAAGGCAAGGUUGAUCAUCGAGCCGGGGGUUACAAUAUAUGUAGCGCCUAUGGUCGGAAUCACCGUUCGAGGUUCACUGGUGGCAUUGGGCACAUCGGAAAACAAAAUCACCUUUACGUCGUUGCCCAACUCUGGCUACAAGGACAUCGAAUCGGACCCUCGAGAGGUCGGUGCACGGCUGGUGGAUGGUCCCAACCCGCUGGCGGGUAGACUACAGCUACUGAAUCAAGGAAAAUGGCGAUCGGUUUGCAGCAACUCGAAGAACUGGACCAUCGCAGACUACGAAACAACCUGCCGCCAGAUGGGUUACAAGGGAGGUCGCUUCUGGAACUGGAUGGACCGUCUACAGAACUACGAACCUCGGUUAUUGUACGAGGACCCAAAGUGCGGAGGCACGGAAGCAUCGCUGUUCGAUUGCUCCUGGGAAACCCGACAGGUUGGAUCCGGUGUUUGCGACUACCACAGUGAUAUCGGAGUCCAGUGUUUGCCAUUGUUUGACCAGGUAACCCCCCAUUGGCGGGGAAUUCGGUUCGAGUACGCCGAAAGUAAGGAGAAGCUAGCGCACAAUCACAUUCUGUAUGACUUCAUUUCGUUGUCGGAGUUGAGGAAUGUUGACAUCAUACGUGCCGGUACAGGGCGGGGAGGAACUGCUGGAUCAGCUAUUGCCGUGUUGGGAAUUCCCCCUGUUUUGGAUCAUGUCCUAGUUGAUCAUUCGUCAUUCACGGGAAUCAACGUUACAAAGCACGAUGCAGCAUUCAUGUUUAAGGAUGUAACCGUACGAAGAAGUCGCGGAUUUGGAAUAUUCGUCAACUCGAGCUAUGGAUCUACGCUGCUGGACAGCGUGACAGUGAGCGAAAAUGGUGCUGAUGGCAUCCGAUAUGUGGGCCAUGAUCUACGGGCUGACGAACGUACCGAUCGUAGCAAGGUGUUCGACUUUUGUACCUUGACGACUACUGCUUGGCAAAUUUACCCUCUGCAACUGUCGUUCGAACAGUCUCCGUUUGCCUUAUCUCAGAAGCAAUGCGCCCAGUCCCUCACAACCGGCUAUGGCUAUGUUCUUACGUUUCACUUUGUGCACUUCGAGAUGGCACGCAACGAAAGUGCAGUCAUUCAAGUUUACGACGGAAUGUCAGAAAACGAUCGAUUGUUAGCAUCGUGGAACAUACGGAACUCGACUCGACCACAAACUGUGACUACAACUCGAGAGAAAAUGCAUAUAAAGCUACGUGCUGAUCCUAGAAGUCGAGUCUUGGCACAUUUUCGAAUCACUGCCGGUACCACCAAAGCAUACGAUCUGAACGUAACGCAAGCGACGAUCGUUGAUAAUGGAGGUCGUGGCAUAGCCAUCGAUAAUCUACGGUCGCAGGUUCAUGUGCACGCAUCAACGAUUGCGAACAAUAAACAUGCCGCCGGUUUGCACGUUACUAGCGGUGCUGGUGAUGUCAACGUUACUGACUCCAAGAUAAGCUUCAACAUUGGCGAUGGCAUUAACAUUACGUACUACGGUGGAAAUCGGAACAUUUCACGCAGUUCUUUGAGCUCCAAUAAAGGCUACGGUUUUGCGGUUUGGUUGAAUCAGACCACAAAGGAUCGUCAGGAAUUUUUGGAGUUCAACCAAACGACAACUAUUGAAUACUCUAAUGUCAUCAAAAAUUUGGAGAUUGGUGUUCUGCAUGGAAACUACUGUGGCGAUUCGUGGGUAAACAUUACGGGAAACUGGUUCAACGACAGCACUCACAAUGCAAUCGACAUUCAAUCAUGUUGGUUCGAGACAAUAGAGAAUCGAAAACUACGACUUCAGAUUGGACACAAUAAUUUUGAACAUUCGAACAAGAUUGGGAUUAUCAUAAGCCCUAUUCUCAACUUGGAAGGAAAAAUCGAGUACAAUCAAUUUUUGAAGGGGAGGUACGGAGCUUUGUUGACGAGGAACAAACCCUGGGAAGAAUUCCGACAUCUACCAGUCCGACUCAUAGUUCAGCACAACUACUUCAUGUACAACAGAGGCAUUUACGUUGCCUCUCUGGGGUUAUCUCCAAACACCGACAAUAAAACACAGUGGUUGUUGUUUACGCGAAACUUUGUGAAGAACAACAAGAUCAAAGAAGCGUUCGGCCCUAUGGAAGACGAAGGAGAAGGUUUGGGUGGAGAAGGCCGGUUAAAUCCCAGAUCACGAGUGGCUGCACCUGUCGUCAUCUCCUCCAAUAACGUUGAUGUAUUCCGGAAUAUCAUAUCAAACUAUGAAUCAAAUUACGAAGUGGGAUCACAGUUGUCAGAUCAGAGCAAAGCCUUGAACGUUACAUAUAACUGGUUAGGAUACCAGGAAGAGGAGAAAAUCUACGAGCGACUAUUUCAUCGUAAAGAUCGAUACGAUCUCGCAAAAAUUGAAUACUUCCCUUACUUGUUGCAUCAUUCUAAUCCUGGCACUCAGACCAUAGCUCAGUUCGCAAAAUUUGUACCAUUCUUCCACAAAGAAGGAAGCGAUCGCGUUGGCGGAGAAGUUGAUGGCCAGGAGAUUCUUCCGUCAGGAAGUUAUACUGUGGAACGUGACAUCAAUGUCCGGCCGGGAGGAAAACUGAUUCUUAACCCGGGAGUUAUUUUGAACUUCGCACCAAGCGUAGGAAUGAUGGUCACAGGAAAAUUGGAAGCUCGGGGACGAAAACCCGAUGACAUCAUGUUUACGUUGAAGCGGGAAGCAGUAAUGAUGGAAAACGACACUACAGAAGCUAUCAUGAUGGACCCUGAGGUUAUGAUGGACAUUGAAACCGAAUCCAUUGUUGAUUUGGGGCCUGUAGAUCCGCAGACCCCUAAGAUUCCCGUUAGGCUGGUUGGUGGAAUAAGUGACCAUGAAGGAAGAUUGCAGGUCUACACCGAAGGGCAGUGGGGAACGGUGUGUGAUUACGGUUGGACCAUAAUCAAUGCUGCCCUGGUUUGCCACCAGUUAGGACUAGCACUUAAUCCGAAAGACUGGAGACUACAGCGAUCGGAGGUUCCCGGAGCUGGUACUUCGGAAAAUGUUCUUCUUUCAAAUGUUCGCUGUACUGAGCAUGAUAUUGACAUUACGCAAUGCCGAGCUGAAAAAUCAUCGCAAGGAGAUUUUGAGCAUUCCUGCAGUCAUGAGAAUGAUGUUGGUGUGAGAUGUUAUGAAGGAGCAUGGGCAGGAUUACGUUUUGGAGUGUUAUCUGAGAGAGCAGAUCUUCAGUAUGUAACGAUUGAGAAAGCUGGCCUUUUUGAUUACAUGACUAACAUGUUCAAACCAGCACUUCAAAUGGACUUGUCCCGACAUAAUUUGGAUAGCAUCCGAGUCGUAGAAAAUUUGCAGGAUGGGUUGGGAGUGAUUUACUCUGAUAUUUAUGCCGGAUCGGUGAAUACUAUCAAGAACUCAGAAUUUGCAGCGAAUCGUGGAAAUGGGAUAAGUAUCAAGCAGCUGGGCUUAAAGAUUCAUGGGAGCAUAAUCAAAGAUAACAGAGGAUCCGGAAUCAAUCACGAUGCUGUAAUAUCUGCUCUUGAGCAACGAGAAAUCACUAGUUGGUUCAAUAUGGUUCCAGAUUUCAACGUUGAUGAUUCAGACUAUAGACCAAUUAUGCUUCCGAAGGAUUCUCAAAACAUCGACAUCGAUCAGUGGCAGGUUAAACACAUAAUAACCCUACCCGUUCACGAUGAGCCCGUUGAAAAAAUGAUAACUAUUCGUUGCCAGCCAGGUUAUGUAAUAGGCAUUCAGCUAUUGAACCCUAUCGAAAAUAGAUCUACGGAAAAUAUUUGGAUUUAUGAUUCGUUAGCUGGUAGCUCAAAUUCUGAUAUUUGGCAAGUAAAACGAGAUGUAUCGGUGUUCCCGCUUACUACCAGUAGCUAUGGUGCAAUUCUGCAAUACAAAAGUGGGCACAAUGCUAUCGGAGGUGCAGUUCUAGUCCUGCGGUCCAUUCAAGCUCCAAUACAAAACAUCUACAAUCGAAUAGUUCGCGGUCCAGUACCAACUCUUCAAAUCACUUCAACAAAGAUUCAAAGAAAUUUCCGUGGUAUCACUGGUACUUACUACAAUCGAUUCCUGGGAGAACAGAGCGAACUCUAUUUGCGAAAAGCGAAUGAAUCAAUCAAAUUGGUCAACUGUGAAAUCAGUCAUAAUCGAGAGGAAGCAAUGUUCAUCAACUCUCCCUUUUGGGACGUCCACGAAAGUAAUAUCUCGGAAAUAACGAUCCACGUGAACAACAGUAUGAUCCGAGACAACGGUAGAGGAAUCCGUCAAUUCUCCAAAGACCUGCGAUCAUCCAAUAACCUAUUCCACUACGUUUUGCAAGAUACAACUGUUGAGAGUAACUCUUUUGGAGGACUAGAGCUCAGCCUGCCCUACGUUUGGCAAUACAAUGAAAAUUUCACUCAUUCAGUGUUCUUGGGAAACGAUACUUGGGUUCGGAAUCGAAGGUUUGGAAUUAUCAUCGACGGACACUAUGCGGUGGUGAACAUUUCGUCAAACAUAUUCAUGGAUAAUGUUUGUGCCCAUGGAUUGGUUGGAUUCAAAGGAAUGGAGAAGAAAAUGCGCAUUGAUAACAAUCGAAUCGUUAAAAAUUCCGGGAAAUAUUUGUUGGAGUUCCGUUCGGAUAGUCAGAGUGAAAUUUUAGGCGAGAUUCCAGCAAUUGUAGCAUUUAAUCAUAUCGAGAGUAACGAGAAAGUGGUGUCCACCCGGUCCGAAAUGAGGAAUUUUAUUCGAGGUGAUCGAGGUAAUGCCAAAGAUCCCACCUGUGUGAUCGGAUUCGGUGGCGUUCAGAAGGUGAAAAUCUAUCGAAACGUGAUUUCGAACAACGAGCAAGAUUAUGAUUUGAUCGCGGGAAUCAAAUCUGCAAGGCUGAAUAAUUUCUUGGACGUACGAGAGAACUGGUGGGGGUCGCAAGACGAAGAGCACAUCAAAACACGAAUCUUCGACUUUGACGAUUGGAACAAUCAUGCUGAGGCGCAGUAUAAGCCAUAUCUGAUUGAGGAUAGCGUCGAUGGAAGUGUUUCGGUGGUUCAUUCCAAAAAUAGAUCUGUUGACUUGGACAACUUGGGUGGACGAAUUUUUGAGGAUAUAUCAAUAUUCAGGAGAGAUCAACCAUAUGUCGUCAAGGCAGAUAUAACUGUUAUGCCAGGAGUUACGAUGAACAUCUAUCCAGGUGUCGUAAUGGAAUUUGCACCCAACGUUGGUAUUUUGGCCUUGGGUACAUUGAUUGCCCGUGGUACACGCGAUGGAGAAAUCAUUAUGAAGCCUAUUCAAAGUGCUUCGGAGAACUUGAAUCGUGUUGAACGAUCGUUAGAGAAUAUGGUUAAUUACGACUCUAUCCGUCUGUGCGCAAAUAGGAACUGUUCAGGAAGUGAACAAGAGAACGACAGAAUCCGAGAAGGCUUCUUGGAAUACUAUAAUCAUACUACGCUCCAGUGGAUCCCAAUUUGCGAUCGUAGAUUUACUGAACGAAAUGCUCAGGUAGUUUGUCGGGAGCUUGGUUAUGAUCCGCUUGACGUCUUCUUCGGUCACGAUCGUCGAAUUGAGUUCCAUACAAAUUCUCUUACUCGAAUCUGGUCUUGGGUUGAGCCAAUGGAAUGCCAUGGUGAUGAGCUACGCUUAGAAGAAUGUCCUGAGAGAUUAAACGGUCAGUUGUACGGACGUCGACACGAAUGCCAGUGGGAUUCUGAUUUCGUGUUCAUUAGCUGCAAUGGAGAACCAGAGGAGAGGAACUACUGGGGAGGAGUUCGGUUUGCUAACCAGGAUUUUGAAGCCAGUUUGUACGAGCAUAGAAUUCAUGAUGCAAUAACUCAUUCGACUGCGAAGCCGGUAGAGAGCGUUAUGGAAUUUGUUAAACUUGAUCGAGCGGGAAUGUUACACGGAGAGAAAUCGCCAGCGAUUCAGACCAUUUCCAAAAACCCAAGUAUAAGCUUCGUGUCCGUUAGGAAUAGUGCGCACCAUGCUGUAAACCUUGUAUCACCAAGUGAUGCUAUUCAUUUGAACUACUUAUCGGUCUACAAGGCAUUAGGACAAGGAAUAAAUGCAAUUUCGUUAACCGGUGAAGGACGCGAAAGCGAUGAAUCGAGUUACAAUCCUUUGAAAGAUUUGGAUCUACCAUACAAUCUGUUUUCGAUGAUUGACAUAUGUGAUACGAACAAGGAGAUUACACUGGAAGAACGAGUUCUGGUGUAUUACAAAUAUGACAAUAAUCCAGUUAAUUGUGUGAAGAUCUUCAAAAGUGCCUAUCGCGUAAAACCGCUUGGCUUUCGACUGUUGCAGUCGAACCUGUUCAACCACUCCAAGGAAUACGGUCGAAGGGAUAUGAUACAACUGAUGGAUGGUGAUAUCUACAAUGUAUCUGCGAGGACGAUUGGAGUUCUCGAUGCUGAUUCUGAUAAUCAGAAGAAGCUAUUCAGAACUGUUGAAUCUGCACUGAGCGUUCGAUUGAUUGCCAGUGGAGCACCAGCAAGGCAUGGGUUCAUCGCUGAAGUGGUAACGCUUCCAAUUUCCGCAAUUGGAUUCAAUCGUGACGCACAGCAUAACAUUUCGAAUUCGGACAUUCAGGAGUGUGUCGGUGGAGGAUUACAUUAUGUGACUGUUGGAGAAGUUUCUCCUAUUCUGACACUGGAAAGGAACAGAUUCAUACGCAACUGCCGACAGCUUUAUGGUAACUUUUCGUCGUGUGAGGCUACCAUUCGUGCUGAUGUUCAGAACAUGCAGUCAUUGCAUUUUAGAAAUAAUCUUGUUCAAGAAAAUCAGGGAGGUUUAUCGAUACGAGCAGAUUCCCGAGGGUCCGCUACGUCCCUUCGAGGAUGGAUUCAUAACAAUCUAUUUGUAAAAAAUCGAAACCGACCUGCAAUCUAUGUGGAAGGCAGACAGUCGUCUCCAUAUCAGGAAGUUACCGUUCAUAACAAUUACAUAACUCAAAAUGAUGCUGCAUUCAAGGACGUGGUUGUGUUGCGUCAGGUGGUUUCAAACUUCAGCUACAACUAUGUCCACAGUAACAAGGGUGGUAGGAUUAUUGAAGUGUCCGGAUUCGAUAGAGUUCGCCUUCCAAUCUAUCAGACGACUUCACACAAUGGAUUUUAUGAUAAUGUUGCAACGGAUUGGAGUGGAAGAGCAACUAUAGUGGCAGGGACGGCAGGUCAACAUUAUGUCGAUAAUAUUUUUGCCAAUCCGGAGAAUGACUACGAAAUGAUCACUGUUAAUCGUUCAAUAUUUGACUUCCAGUUUUGGAAUAGCACCCUGGAUGUUUGGAAAACCAAAAUCGAUGCAACUCUGAACUACUGGAGCUACAACGAAACCCUUGCCGUUGGAUCCCGUAUUCGCGAUCGCUUCGAUGAUCCUCAGCUGCUGGAAGUCCAAUACCUACCACUGCACAUGAACAAUCUUACGGUGCUGAACGGAAAGUGCCCACCCGGAUGGACGCUACUGAUCGACACCUGUUACAUGUACGUCGGGGCACCAAUGAGUUUCCGUGAAGCGCGGGACUUCUGCCGAUCGGAUAACGCAUCGCUGCCAUUCAUCCAUGGGGACUAUAAUGCACUGUGGUUCUUCCUGGAGCAACAGUCUCGUUACCUGCGAUCGGCCGAAAAGGUUUGGGUUCAAGAUCCCAACUACAUCGAUCAGUGCACUUCGUUCAUCUACCGGAAUGUGGAGAUUGAGGAAUGCUAUGAGCGGCAUGCGUUCCUGUGUGAAAUCGAUCCCAAGGUUGAAAUCGAUCCUCUCUUCUGGAAAGCGGAUGCCGUUGCAAUUGGAAUGAUUUCUGCGUUGAUAAUUGUGCUAAUGAUGUUGUGUUGUCUGUGUGUUUGCUGGGUGUAUAAAUCUCGGUAUCGACAAACGCAGAGAUUGCAGCGUAGGAAUAGCAUUCGGCAAAGCUUGCGCAGUCUUAACAGCAUUGAUCCGCAGGGUUCGAUUCGAAGAAGGAAUUUUGUCGUCUCACGCUCAACGGACACGCUGAAAUCGGUCACCACCGGGACCACAGACUACAAAAAGAUGGCGUCAAAUGGUUCGAUUGAAUCCGUAGACAAAAGCGUGCUCAGCUCGGAGACAAAUUAUGAUAUGUACGACAAGCAGCAGUACAGCAACGAAUAUACAGAGCAAUUGAAGAGCCAAAUGGGUUACACUGAUGGCACUACAAGCGAGGCAGCCGAUUUCAUGCAGCGCCCUAACGACAGUCCACCGCGUACCAAGGUUUACGGUCUACCGGACUAUAGUUCCCAUGGAGGAAGUACCGCUUUUGAGCUUGCAUUUAGAAACGAAGGAUUCCGGGACAACUCCACUACUUACUCAGGGGUUACCCGAAACAAUUCCAUCAACACGGCCAUCAACGAAGACACACCUAUCAUUCAUCACCAGGGCGAUAACGACGAAAGUGGGCCCGAUUUCUACGGCAAUUCAAGUACUUUACCGAUGCGGAUCAAAGGUGAUAAUCUAUCAUUCCUAAAUGAACUCAAAAAUCGCCUACCGGAGUACGAACCACUGCCUUCCAACGGUCACAGUAGUUUUCUGCCAGCUCCUCCGGAGCCACCCUCGGCCAACGCAUCCCAGCUAAGUGCAAGUACACUGCCAUACGAUCAGAAGAUUGAUCGCCUUAAUUUCAGUGCUCCUCACGAGUACCAACAACCGUCGAUUCAAGUUCGAAGGCCAGAACCAUCGACACCCAGCAUUGACGCUCGGGAAAUUCGACGCCCUGAUUCAUACAUGAGGGCGGUCAAAAAGUACGCCACUCCAGGACGGGAACGGGAGUCCAUAAUUCCUCCGCCACGUGUUGAUAGUAACGGCAGCCGUAGACCAAAGACUGUUUAUGAGGCAUCAGCUGAACAGGAACCUCAACGCGCUCCGCAACGUACAAACUACGCUCGCUCCCGUUCCGAAGCUCUGCUCGAAACAAACUUCGACGAAGCAUUGCCACCAAUGACGGACAUGCUCAGUUCGGAUAGCCGCAGCUAUUCUCAACCACUAGAGACUGCUAUGUAAACAUAAGAAAAAUUCGGAAAUGUACAGCCAGAUAUGCAUAGAAAGUUUCAUGAAUAUCGAAUCCAUCGAAUAGAAGUGUUUUAAUUAAAUUUUCAUCUAGUUGAAACGAUUUCGACCAGAGCUUCCAUAGUGGAAGCUUCGGAAGAAACAUAAAGAUAGAAAUCUAUAAUAUGAGUAGUUUGGUGAGCUUUUCUCGCGAAAGCGCCAACCAGUGCUGGUGAGGUGAAAAGCUGUGAAACAUAAAACGAAAACCGGGAGGUGAAUCCGUACUCUGUGCAUAAGCCGAACUCAAGUGUCUUUGCUUGCUCUAUAGUUUUACACAUGUACAUAGGAUAGGACGUAUAUAGAGUCUAAGGGCGAAACGAAACAAACCAGGCAAAAUUUGUGAUUGCCGUCGUGAUACCGCGUAACACGUAUUAUGUUAGAGAAAUAUUGUAAAAUUGAAUCGAUAGGAUCAUACGAGUUAUUUACAGAAGUCGUAAAGAUAAAUCAAAUCAUCACACAUCGCAAUCGAAUUAAAUCAUAUGCUUGAUGCAUAAAAAUGCAUAUGUUCAGUUCAUUAUCUUUCCUUGUAUGAUCAUCACAAUCAAUUGACGAAUUUGUAUUAUCUGUUUUAUUGAUGCGAGUAUUAUUUUCUUGUGAAGUUUUAUGUUAAAAUCGAUAUGAGUAGAGAAUCAAAAUUAAAUAUUCCCAUAACAUAAAGAUAGCAAGCGUUUGUUGGCAAGUUAUUUGUUUGCGAAAAAAACAAAAGAAAGGAAUUUUUUUAAGAACAAAAGACGAUCAUAUUUAGUAAAGUAGUAUUUUAUCGUUAUCGUUGAAGUCGCUUAGAAUUUAUGUCAGUAAAUCUUGACAGAUUAGAACGAAACAUUUUUGUUGUACCGUCCAAUGAAUAAAUAGUGUAUUUAUUUAAAGUUUGUGUAUCAAGAUUAAAAAUAAAAACCAUUCGGAACGUAAAA